UUAGGUUCUUUAUCCGUUAUGCUAUUUUACUAUUUUAUUAAGCAGGUUGAAGAAGCUAACAAGGAAAUUACAAAGUAGCUUAUUCCUACGCAUUUAUACUUGCUCGUAUACCUUUAGUGCAUCCAUACAAUAAUUAGAACUUUUACCAAUACAAACGUCUUUGAUUAUUGGCCUUUCUCAAUAUUUCCACACAAAUGGCCUUCAAUCAACCUCAAAAAUGGUCCCCGGAACCAUAUCAAGAAAUAAACAUAGAUCAACUCAGCACCGCUAUGCUCUGGCCCUACCCUGUACCUUCACCGACGUACCCCGCCGCACCAAGAGAAGAAUCUCGAGCACGGUUCAACCAGAAGUAUGCCCACAAAGCUUUGAAUGCCUCAAAUCGUCUUACAAUGGACGAGCUUGAGCUCGUACGUAGACAUCUUUCAGACUUGUUUUACGAGGCUACAGCUCUACGUUUACGAUUCCAGCCCCCAUUCUCCCACGGCUGGUCGAGGACGCUGCUGAUGCCAAAGCCCGCGGAAGUCUCCUUGCGAAUAAAUGAACUCGACCUAUGGAACAAGCAAACCGCCGUUUAUUUUAUUGGUGACUCGCAUUAUUCAGGCCAUGACCACGGAUAUACAGACCGGCGUCUGGGCGCUUACAUCUACCGCGAGUGGCACCGCGUGCAUAACGGCCGACCGAACCUGCAGCGUUACAACUUCUUCGCUAAGGCAUUGCAGGUAACGAAAUCCUUAGAAUCAUUCGACGUAGCAGCUGUCAUCGAUAUACGCCGGCGGGUAUGCAAUUCCAUGUCGGCCAAGUUGAAUGAAGAGGUCAUCUUCCGCUACCCUUUUCUCGCUGGAAAAGUGGAAAGCACAAACUUCCCGCAGGCAAACAUAGCGAAGACGUGGCGUGAGCACGGCUUCACCAUGGGUCAUCUCUUUCGCGCCGUCUUGCUCGUGGCAGACGAAAACGUUAUUCCUGAGACGUGCCCAGUGCAGCCAGAGUCGGGGCUUAGCGACGACAGUACGCAUAAGGAAACAGCGGCAUGGCUGGAACGUCUGAUGCCGGAGUGCCGCGUGUUAAUGGUACGCACUGGGGACGACGCGCAUUUGAGCAGACCUGUAUCUUUCGCAAGCCUUGUAGACCCGUUAAACAGCGACCAGGGGGGUGGGUCCGGUCAGGUGGACAUGGUUAGGGUGAGGUCCCUGUCGCUAUACGUUUUUUGCACGAGCUGCAGGUACAGUAGGAAGCUGCAUACCUUGAUCUGCGGCGCGUAGCAGACAGAAUGACGGAGGACCGCGAAUAUGCGUGCCGCGAAUGGGUGGACAGCGUAAUGCGCUAUGCUGAGGAUGUGGGCAUGGACGGGAAUAUGUAUACUUGGAAAGCUGUGAGGAGGAUGUGGGCUGCCCGCGAUGGAGAGACUUUUAGCGACGGGCAAGGCGACGAAACGCGUCUUUUCCCUCUUUAUUCCUGGACAAGUAUAUGGUAGAGCUUUAUAACUGGUCAGUGUGCUGUUGUAAUACAGGAACCUACGGCAUACGUCUCCAGGGGUCAUCCAUUCAUCCACUCCAUCGCUGCGUUGUUUGCUUCGCUGUGUUUCUUUAUAUCGCCGCUGUCUAGACUGAUUGAAGAUCUGUCAGCGUCGUUAGCAGCUCUUGUCGUUCAUGCUUCAAUGCGGAACAACGAGUCUGCUAGGGAUCCAUUGACACAGGGUUGACAGGUCUUCACUUGGAGAGUGAGUUUGUAGUUGUAAGAGCGCAUUGAUAGAUGAUAGGUAGAUGUCGAGCUGUUGGUAGGUAGUUAUCGGGCAGGUCAGUUGACGUAAGUGCCCUAAAAUAACACACUAGUGCAAGCUGUGAAACAUUGUUUUAGUGGCUUCGGGAGGUUGGGUUUGGUUUUAGCAAUGACAAAGGGGAUCAAACCACCCUC